ACUGAAGCAGACGCCUUUUUUACUCCUUGUUCUUUGGAAAAUUCCAGUGUUAUUAGGAAAAUGGCUGCUCGUCGUGCCGGUAGAAAAGUACCGAAGAAGCGAGCCGUAAGGGCCACUUCUAACGUCUUUGCUAUGUUCGAUCAGACACAAAUCCAAGAAUUUAAGGAGGCUUUCAACAUGAUCGAUCAAAACCAUGACGGAUUUGUCGACAAAGAAGAUUUGCACGAUAUGUUAGCAUCAUUAGGAAAAGAUCCAACUGACCAGUAUUUGGAAGAUAUGAUCAAUGAAUCUCCAGGCCCUAUCAAUUUUACUAUGUUUCUGACUUUGUUUGGAGACAAAUUAAAUGGGACGGAUCCGGAGGACGUAAUACGGAAUGCCUUUGCGCUGUUUGAUGAAGAUGGAAAAGGAAGAAUUCAUGAAGAACAUCUUCGCGAGUUAUUAAUGACCAUGGGUGAUAGAAUGACAGAAGAUGAGGUAAACGAUAUGUUUCAUGGUGCGCCAAUCGAUUCGUCUGGAAAUUUUGAUUACAUUGCAUUCACCCGAAUUUUAAAACAUGGUACUAAGGAUGAAAAUUAAGCGUCAUGUUAACAAUUUCCAUGAUCAAACAUAUUUCUAAAGGUUGAUA